AUGGGGUUAUCUAGUUCAUUAUUUAAAGGAAGUGAUGAUAUAGGAAUGGUUUAUAAGGAUAGGAAUUGUGGUGAAAUAAUAAAAAAUAAGAAUUCUGGAAUAUCUAAUGAGGAAUUAAUAAGUUUUUCUAAUGAUGUAAAUGAUUUAAUAGAUUUAGAAUUUCACAUAAGUCGUAUGUCAUAUCAAGAUAACUCUAAUUCAAUGAAUAUUUUAAGACGUGGCAAAUCACAUGAAUUAUAUAUGAACCUUUAUUGUAAAGAUGAAAAUACAAAUAAUAUAGAAAGAAUGAUACAAACAAUGGAUCGUGCUGAAACUUGUAUAUUUAAAAGAGAAUCUGAUAUGAGAAAUUUGGUUUUUUGUAAUAAUAUAUCUAUAGAUGAAAGGAAGUAUAAGAAUUAUCUUAUAAAUAAUAUGAUUAUUGAUUUAUCUGGUAUUAAAAAACAAAAUAAACCAUAUGUUGGUAAUAAGAUUUUAAGGAGUGAUGAUCUGAUAGAUAUUUCAUUAAGAUAUAUGUGUGAUAGUAAAAAAGGUGAUUCUUUACCAUUAUUUCCUUCUUCUAUAUAUACAAAUAAUAUUGUAACAAAUCCUUGGUAUUCUUUAAGUAGUAUAAUUUCUCAAAAUUAUAUUUUUGAAGUUCCAGAAAAUGUAGAUAUAUUACCACUUAUUGGUUAUGAAUUUUUUAUUGACAAUAUAUCUAUUAGAAAAUCACCAAAUCUUCAGAAUUUAUCUUUUUUAGAAUGUUUAAGAUUAUCAUUAAGAAAGAAUAGAAAUGUUCAUUUUAAGAUUAUUAAACCUCAAAUUUGGAUAAAACCAAUAAGAGAUGAUAGAAAUAAUUUUGGUGUAUCAACAAUUGAAUAUGAAAAAAUUGAAGAAAAACAAAAUUAUUUUUUUAUUCAUAGUUUAGUAUAUUGUACUGUAAUUCAGGGAACUAUAAAUAUUACUAAUAGUAAUAGUAAUUCUAAGAAAGAAAUAUGGUGGAAUUUUGAAAUUGAAGAUAAUCCUGAGGGUUAUGAUACAAUUCAUUUACCCUUAGUAGAUUCCCUAGGUAAUGGACUAUUAAAAUUAGAAAAGUGGUUAUUAUUGGAAACAGUGAAAUAUCCAAAAUCUUGGAUACCUUUCAUAAUUCCUAAGAAUUUAUCAGAAUAUAUUACAUUGAUGCCAUUAUCUGAAAUAGAUAGUCUUAUGACAGAUGCAUAUUUACUUUGGAAAAAUAGAUUUUUAGUAAAAUCUUUAAACUAUUAUAAUACAUGUAUUACCUUACUUAUUGAUGAGAAAAAUUUUAAUAAUAAGAGUUUUUUAAGAUUUUUAAAUGAGGAUCAUAUAUCUAAUUAUAUAAUUUGUUUUUCAGAAUUAUUGAGUCAAUUUGAAAGUUGGAGAAGGACUCAUAAUAUUAAUAGUAAUUAUUUUAUAGAGAUGAUAUCACUUAUUUGUAUUAAUUCAUUACUUAUAUCUGAUUAUCUUUUGGGAAUAUUAAAUUUAUUUUAUAAAGAUUCAAAAUUACCAAUUGCAUUAAUAUAUAUGAUUGAUAAUCAAGAUAAUGAUAUAUUAGAAUUUAAUAAAAAAUAUUUUACACUUCUUAUUAUUUUGGCUAAGAUUACAACAUUAAGAAGUUUAAGUUUAAGAUUCUUAUUACAAUAUCCUUCAAAGGAUUUCUUAAUAAAAUAUUUAAAUUCACGUAUACAAAAUAUAUCAAAUAAUAACCUAUCUCUUAUAAAUAUAUUUGAAAAUAUAUUAAAUAUUAUAACUAAUGAUCAAGUGAUUUCUAGUGCUAUUGAGACUUUUGCAUGUAAUUUGGAUAUAAUAAGGAUUCUUAAAAUGAAUUGUCAUAUACCACAAGCAAUAACUUUAGAUAUUUUAAUAUCUUCAAUAUUAUUUUUUGCAGAAAUAAAACAAGAUAUUUCAACCUCAAUAUUUAUUGGUGAAAUGUUUUGUGAAGAAGUAGGAAGUAAUAUAAUAAAUGAUAAAGAUAUAAAUAAAGAUAAUUUUGCUUGGAGUGAUUAUUUUAAAACUUCAGAAUUUAUUAAUAUUCAGGACUUUAUAAAGAGUAUGGAUUUAAUAUUAUUAGAUGACGAUUUUAAUAUACAUAUGGAUUAUUUAACAAAUAUCUAUAUUAAUUCUAAUAAUAUUGAAUUAUUAAAACAAAGAUUAAAACGUGUAUAUGAAUCAUUAAGAAUUAAAAUAUAUAAUUUAAAAAUUACAUUAAGUCCUGAAUUUAUUAAAUUUCUUGUUCCAAAAGCUACUAAAAGUGUUAAAGAAGAAAUGACAUAUUUAAGAGGAACUUUAUUUACAAAAACAAAUAUAUAUAAUAUAAUAAAUCAAGAAGAUGAUCUAUUUGGAUGUUGUCAAAAUCAAGAUAUUCAACAAGGAUCUCCAAGAAAUAUAUUUGUACAAAGUAAUAUAUCAUCCUUUCCUGAAGUGAAUAAGUCACUUAUACAGAACCAAUAUUUUAUUAGUUCUAAUUCUUUUACAUCAAUUGAAAAUAAUUGGAAUAGUAUAAAUAUUGGUAGGUCAUCAUUUAAAAUUUUUUCAUUUAUCCGAUCUUUAAUUACAGGUCAAAAUGGAGGUAUUCAAUGUUGUAAUACUGAUCAUACUGAUUUUAGAAAUCUCUUAGAUUUAGCAGAUGUAGGUGAAACACAUUCAGUGCUACCUACAUGGAAUGUUAUAGAAAAUUCAGAAGAAAAUAUACCAAUUGAAAAUGAGGUUUCUAAUAAGAUAGCUGAAGAAUUAAUAUUAGAUUGGAUUAAACUUAGAUGUUGGAAUUUUGCAAGUACAGAUUUACGUUGGAUUGAUGGAUGUCGUUAUAUUGGAGAAGGUGUAUAUGAGACAUGUUUAAUGCAAAUAUCACCAAAUAUGUUAAUUGAGGAUAUUGUAGAUAAGAUAUUUCAAGAAGUAUAUCAUUCUGAAGUACGUAAGAGUCUUAGAAAUAUUACAUUUGAAGCACAUAGUCCAUUGAUACUUGUUAGAAACUUUGUGAUCCCAUUUGGAGAAUUAUUAAUACCAAAUCCUAAUAUUGAAUCCUUAAUAGAAGUAAUAAAACAAAUUUCUUAUAUUUAA